AUGUCGAUCUCGAUGCAAGUCCUCCUCCUCGCCGGCACGCGUGGUUCGCGCAUGCCGCCGCUGGCGACACCCUCGCCCAAAUGCAUGCUCCCCAUCGCCAACCGGCCCAUGCUCUUCUACUCGCUCUUCUCCAUCGCGCGCGCCGUCGACUACGUCCUGGUCGUCACCUCCGCGCAACACGCCGACGCCGUGCGCGAAUACUGCCAGAACGUCUUCCCCGAGGACCCGCUCGUCCGCGCGCUCCGCCGCCCCGCCCUCACCGUCGACGUCCUCGAGACCGACCCCGACGCAGGCACCGCAGAGCUCUUGGCCCAGCUCAACCUGCAGCCCGCAGACGUCCUCGUCAUGAGCGCAGACUACGUCGGCGAUAUCGACUUGGCCGCCUUGGCCGAUAGGCAUCGCGAGAAGGGCGUCGCUGCUACCGUCGCCUUCGUGGAGAAGGAGACGAACACAGACACGGACUCCGCUGCAAAGGGGAAGAAGGGAGGGAAGAAGAAACCAAAGGGAGCGGUUGAGGGCUUUGACGUCGAAGGCUAUGCCUUGUUGAACCAAGCCGACAACCGCCUGCUCGCCGUCUUCUCCAAAGCCGACUUGGAGGCCGGCUCGCUGCGGGCUGCCGCCCCGCUUGUCAACCGCUACCCGUCCAUCUCCGUCCGCUCCAAUCUUUCUGACCCCCAUAUUUACAUCCUCAACUUUUCCUUGGUGCAGCAGCUUUUGUUCAAGUAUUCCAAGAUUUCUUCACUCAAGUAUGACCUCAUCCCGUAUUUGGCCAGGAGGCAACAUACCCUGAGCGACGAGGUUGCGGAUUGGGAGCUCGGCUUGAGAGACGUCUCCGUCGUCGCCGAUGUCAUAACGGGCGUGUAUGCGAAGAGGGCCAAUACCGUGGACUCCUUUAAGAGGGCAAACUUGGCCAUUGCCGGGGGGCUUCUGGACGCCUUUUUGAACCCAAACAAGGAGCAGGCGGAUAAAGACGUCCCAGCGAAAAAGAACAAGGAAAAGAAAAGCGAAAAAGUUAGCGUGUUCGAGACGGAGGGGGAGCGCUGUAACGUGUCAACCGACUCUGCUGUCGGACCGGGUGUCUCGGCAGGUGACCGCGUUUCGAUUAAGAAAAGUGUCAUUGGCGCGGGCUGCCAGAUCGCAUCCAAUGUCAAGGUUAAUGGCUGUGUCGUUUUGGAUAACGUGACUUUAGAGGAAGGCGCCAAUUUGGCAGGAUGCGUCGUUUGUGAGGGGGCCAGCAUUGGCGGGGGUGCUACGCUGAAGAAUUGCAACGUUGCAAGUCAUUUUGUCCUCGAGGGCGGCACCGAGGGCACGGAUAGGGACUUCACAACCGCACAUCAACACGAGGAGGAUACUUCCAUUGCACAGGCCUUUGAAUUCAUUUGAGGCGCGGGAAAAUACAAUGCCUCGUACGGUUGCGCCUUUUCGCUGCCGUUACCUUUUUUCAAAUCUGCUCACAGCUUGCGUCCUACGUAACGACCGGCGAGUCCGCUCCAAAAGACAUGUGGAAUUGAAAAGUUGUUCAGUUCUCAUUGAGCGAUGCCUGCUGCGGAUACAUCGGACACACAAUAUGCUUUUCUUGCCGAACCAACAGCGACUGCUCGAAGGAACAUGAGGAGGACGCGAAUGUCAAGGAGAGAAAAUGUCCGUAUUACAUUUUUAUACUACACGUGCAUCUUAACCGCUCUGAUCGGAAUGGAAGAGGCCCGUACAGUAGGAGAAACGUACAAGUAGAUUAUGGUCAUCUAGACGUGCAGCUUGACUGACUGAGAGUGUCAGGACGAGCUUUUUGCCUCGCUUUCGUCCACGAGAUCAAUAGAUCAUAGGGGACUGACUGAUAAAGAUGUUUUCUUGCUGUCAAUGGCUCAUGUCAUGACGGAUAAGUUCUUCCCGUG